AUGAACACCGUCAUAGCCCUCAUCAAGCUCUCCCGAGCCCAAUUCACCAUCGAACCUGUCGUCCGUGCGACGGUCGGUGCGUUCGCUUACGCCUACGACCAUGAUACAAGCGUUGAUCCACGACGAUGGGCGUUGGCUUGUGCGAUCAUCUUUUUGACGAAUGUUGCGAUUAACUAUUAUAAUGACUACAACGAUUACGAGGGUGACAAGGCAAACGCAACCCGCUCAACCAAAACCUCAACCGGCGGCUCAAACAUCCUCGUAGCAGGCCUCCUCCCCCGCUGGACAGCCCUAGCAGCCUCACUCCUUAUCUCCCUCCUCAUCCUCACCGUCAUCCUCCUCGACCGGCACCUCCACCCCUCCUCCACCCCCUUCUGCGGUGCCAACAUAUUCUGGGGCUGUGUCUUCAUGGGUCUCUCAUCCCAAUAUAACGCAGGUCUUCGAUUGAGCUAUACGCCAUUUUGCGAGGUAUUGACGGUUGGGACGUUGAGUGUUGGGAGUUGGUUGUUUGGGUAUAAUGCCCAGGAUCCGGCGGGUGGGUUCGUGGUGCCCGUGGGGGGCGGGGUUGGCGGGGGUGUGUUUUUGUUGGAUGCGGUGCUGCAGAUGUCGAGGAUUAUGGUGAUGCAAGUCGUCGACACGGAUGCUGAUCGGUUCGUUGGGAAGAUCACACUCACUGUGCAUCUCGGCCCCCGACGUGUGGCGGAAGUGUACCUCUACCUCCAGUACGCCAUACUCAUCCUCGCUGCCUUUCUCGCGUGUACCAGCACCGGUAUCUCCAUGGCCAGCUCCUCACCCGUCGCGCACGCGAUGGUCGGAGUCUUCGCAGCCGUCGUGCUUCCACGUACAUUCGUCGUCGCGAAGAAGUUGAGGAGGUUAGGCGAGGGUGUGAAGGUUGCGGCGGAGGACUGUCCGUUUGAGGUUAGUAGGAUUAUGAUUGAGGUUAAUUUGGCGUGUUUGGCGGUUUUGGGGGCGGCGAGGGGGAUGGGGAUGUGGGGGCAGUGA